AUCUCAUUAUAACCACUUCAGUCAUUCUCUUUCUGCUUCCGCCUGAUAAAAAAUGAACCACCAAAACCACCACCGUCCGGCGAGCAAGAGGGGCGGCGGUGGCGGAGGAGGAGAUCCAACAACAGUAGUCCAACCAGGUCAAGUAAAUUUCCGACUACUCUGCCACGUCAACACAGCAGGCGGAGUCAUCGGAAACUCCGGCGGUGUAAUUAAGAACCUCGAAACUCAAACCGGAUGCAAAAUCCGGUUCGAAGAACCUUUACCAAAUUGCCAUGAACGGGUUAUAAACAUCACUGGUGACUCAAAUAUAGAUAAGAAAAUAGGGAUAAGCUAUAAUAACAGUGAAGAAGUUGAGGAGGUAGUGGAAGUUUCUAGAGCACAAGAAGGUUUGAUUCGAGUUUACGAAAGGGUAUUGCAGGUUGAAGGAAAUGAAGGUGGGGCAGUUGGGUGUAGAUUGCUCGCAAUUAAAAGUCAAAUUGGAGCUUUAAUGGGAAAAGGUGGCGCCAUUGUAGAUGGUAUAAGGAAAAGUACAGGUGCCAAAAUUAAGGUUUUGAAAAAAGACCAGCUUCCUGCUUGUGCUGUACCUGAAGAAGAGUUGAUUCAGAUAAUGGGUAGAACUUUGGCCGUAAAGAAAGCAUUGGUUCCCGUUUCUCGGCGUCUUCAAGUUCGCUUACCAGCUGACAGAACAACAGCCCACGUUACUUCGGAAGGCGCAGUCCGUGAACAGUCUGCGGACUUUCUUCUGGAUACCAAACCCUCGAUACCAUCGUUGCAGAGAAAUGCCGUUAAUCAUUCUUCAGUAGUACAGUCAUUAUCAUCAGAUGUUGAUAGAGUUUUGAAUCUGGAUGCGGACAGUGCUCAAAGAAAAGUAGUCUUUAGAUUGCUUUGCUCUAAUGACGCUGCUGGAGGUGUGAUUGGCAAGGGGGCUAUUAUUGUCAAAGCUUUAGAGAAAGAUACUGGAGCGUCUAUAAAGUUUUCCACUCCAAUUGCAGGGUCAAAAGACCGUGUUGCCACCAUAUCUUCGCUUGAAAGCCGGGAGCCAUUAUACUCACCUGCACAAGUUGCCACAGUUCGAGUGUUUGAAAGAUCUUUAGAAGCUAGCCGUGUACACAGGCACAUACCUGGUGUGGGGAAGAGUGGUUCCAUAAGUGCAAGAAUCUUAGUUGGAUCGAGUGAAAUCAAAUGCCUAAUUGCUGAAUGGGAAAGAGUUUCAUCGGAAAUAGGUUUAUCGACGGGGGUUGAAGUACAACUAUUGGGUGCAGAGCAUGCUCCAAACUGUGCUGCAGAGAAUGAUAAAGUGGUACAGAUUGUUGGCGAGCACGACAGCGUGAAGAGUGCCCUUUUUCAACUUACUGGUAGGCUGAGGGAGGCCUUCUUUUCCAAUUUGGUUUCUGAAGAAGCUGUACCUAGAAAUUAUCCUUAUUCUUCGCGCUCCCAUGGAAGUCUCCAUGAAAUUGGUACUAGUAUGCCUUCUCAGUUGGAUCACUUGCCCAGCUUUUCUUCUCUCGACAAAAUGGAUCAUCUUGGUUUUGUGCCAAAUCUUGGUGGUCCUCAUUCGUUAUUACAGGACAAACAGUCCAAGCAUAGAUCGAAUGGCAAGACAAUCAAAGAAAGCAUGGGUGGCUGGAAGAGUUCUCAAGGUGGACCUGAAAGUGGAAGGAUGGAUGAGAAUGGGGUAGCAAAGAAAACCAUUGUGAUCACUGUUUCAGGACAAAAAUUUAGUUCUGUUUAUGGCGAGAAUGGUUCCAAUUUGGCUCGAUUGAAAGAGAUCUCUGGAGCCGCAGUCGUUCUACAAGAUCCAGGUCCUGGAGAAUGUGAUGGAAAGGUUAUCAUAUCUGGUUCACCUGAACAGAUCCAGAUUGCACAGAGCGUUCAUCAAGCCUUCAUCUUCUUAUAAUCAAAACCACCAGUGCUCCAGGACAUAGACCGACAAGAAGAUGGGUGCUACCCCCAUAUUUUGAUAAGAUGAUUCCUUCGUCACUAGUGGAUAGUUAUGGUGCAUUUGGCAACCUGUAAGUAUGCAUGCUCCAUACCUACAUUGUCUAGGUUCUUACUUUGAAACAUAGUCGCUAGACCUCGGGUAAAUACACCAGUCUGUGUAAAGACUCUGUGUUUAAAUCUACAUUCGCGGUAAAGCUUAGUGCGAAAAAAAAACAUUACUGUUGUCAUUGUUCUGUAAAUUGGUUGAGCUAAUGUGGUACCAGGUGUGGUGUACCACUUCCUUUCUGGAAGUGGAUCUGAGAUUGAAACUCGAUGGGUUUAACCCUUGAGGUUCUUACAACUGAACCUAAUGCAUUUAUGAAAUUAUGGGUUCAUAACUUUUACUUGUUGAAA